AUUCUUUAUGAUGACAGUCUUACCUUACACUUGUGUCUAUAUCGAUGCUGACUGGCGUGAUCUACUAUUCAGUGCCAAACAAUGUAUCAGCUGUGGAGUAAAGAGGGAGCAAAUCAUAAAGGAGUUACAGACCAUGUGGUUGCAUCCAACCAAUCAGAACUCUGUAUUGCCCUGUCUCUCUGUCAGAACUUGCCUUGACCUUUACCUGAAGGUCAAGGACUACCCUCCAGGUUCAGAGGUUAUUAUGUCGGCUAUCAACAUACCAGACAUGGUGUACAUUGUUAAACAUCACAAGCUCAAGGUUGUCCCCCUUGAUGUGAGUAUAGAAACAACUGGACCUAAGGAUGAACUGCUGGAAUCUCUUAUCACUAAUAAAACUGUUGCCAUUCUCAUCGCUCACAUCUACGGCAAAUGGUGCAACAUCGAAUCUAUCAUAGACAUUGCACAGAGAAAAAACAUUGAUGUCAUUGAAGACUGUGCAGAGUGUUUUUGUGGUUUUGAGAAAAUGGGAAACCCAAGAAGUGAUCUGGCAAUGUUCAGUUUUGGUGUCAUCAAAUAUUCAACUGCAUUUGGUGGUGCUUUAGCAAAAGUCAAGGAGGAAAAAUUAUACACACAAAUGAAGGAGAGAUAUUUGAACUAUCCUAUACAAAAACGUUCAGAAUUUUUUAAAAAGAUUCUGAAAUAUUCUGCUGUCUAUGUUUUCCUAGAUUGUCCACGAAUUAUCAAACCAUUGAUGUUCAUGACCAGAACUUUAAAUAUUGACCACAAAAAACUGGUGAUCCGGCUUCUUAGGGGGUUUCCUGAUCACAUGAUAGAACGAAUUCGAGCACAGCCAUCAAAUGCCCUUCUUGCCACAAUGAAAAGGAGACUUGAUAAUUUUGAUGUGACAGAUUUCAACUCGUCACAAGUGAAAGCGGAAUAUGUGAUACAGAGGCUACCUGAAGAAGUCACCUUGGUAGGACUGCAAGCUGAAGUCAACAAUUACUGGCUUUUCCCAAUAUUGAUGGACAAUCCUGAUACAGUAGUUAAAAUACUAAAUGCCUUGGGGAUAGAUGCUUACCGUGGAGCUACACAACUCAAUCUCAUUGAACCAGAAAACGGUGAUGAGUCUCACCGUCAACAGGCUAAAGUAAACAGCAGUUUUGAACACACAACAGAAAACUACCACCAGUACUACCCCUUGGAGGCCCUCAACAACCAACAUGACCCCUUGGAGGCCCUCAACAUAGACUAUCCACACGAGGCUCGAUAUCUUAUAGAUCAUGUUGUAUAUUUACCCGUGAACAAAUCCGUCCCGUUUCAUGCUCUAGAUCAUAUUUGUAAAUGCGUAAAGCUGGCCUUUCACCUCAGCAAAAAUGGCCGCUCACCCGACGUUCGUCUUCAUGCAAAGUUAUGA